CUGAUUACGUCAGCGAGCAGGCUUUGCGUUGCACAUGUGCAGGAAAGUGAAUAUUAGCUUCAAAAUAACAUUUUAUCUUUAAUAUAAGACCAAAUGUUAGGUUUACAGCAACAAUUCAAACACUUAAUGUUAAAAUACGAAACAAUUUUUUCCAACAAAAAUGUAAACAUUUGUUAGACACAGGCUUGCUAUCAAAACUAGUUUAUAGGUAAACGAUGGUCGGUUUGUCGUCUCUGAUGGGCUCGUCAGGUCGUUUCUUUAAACGUUCUUGGGGACAAAUUGCGGAGUUUACUUUUUGUAAACUAAAAACGCGGAUGAUCGGAUUUGCGCAACGAUCCUGCUCAUCGGAACCUUCAUCAGCUGAAUAUUUCAGUCACAGCACUGAGAAAUACAGAGAUUUACAAGGCUAUUUUACCAGAAGACUGAAGGAAAAGUACCACCAAUUUUCCCACAUACCACAGUACUCAGUGGUCUGUGGACAUGAUUAUGAUUAUUUCACCCAGAAUGAUGGCAUCCACAGAAUACAAAAGAAAGGCAAUGUGCCAGUUCCAGAGCAAGUACUGGAUAUAAAGGAAACAUUAGGAGGGGAAGAUCAGAUGCAAACAGAGAGGAGGCAGAAGUUUCAGUGGACAGUGCAGAGGAUGCGUCUGUCCCCUCAGGAAAAGCACCUUGCAGCUUCACUGAAAUGCAGCCACGGACAGAAUAUGAGGUUUGUGGUUGUGAGACUUAAAAAAAGGAAUCUUCCGAGUACCCAACAUAUCAUAGCCACACUAGAAAGAGUCUGCAGUUUUGAGUGGGCUACAGACGACGUCCUAUUUUACACCACCAUGGAAGGCCUGCGUUCCAGAGCUGUAUUUCGUCUGGACGUGACGUCCAGCGGAAACAGGAUUACCUGUGUGUACGAGGAAGCUGAGCCUGAUGUGUUUGUUGAAGUUGCUCUGUCAAGAAACCGCCAAAUCCUGACCAUAAACUGCAGCAGCAGGAGCAAGUCAGAGGUGCUUCUAUGUGACGUGAAAAAUUCCCAGUUAGAGCCUGUUGUUGUUCAGCCUCGCCAGCAGGACCUGCUGUUUUUCCUGGAGCAUUGGAAAAGAUGGCUCAUUAUACUGGCAAACACAGGACCAGGACAGGAAUAUCAGGUGUUGCAGGCCCCUGUGUCAGAGCCAUCCAUGGCCUCCUGGGUCCCUAUAUUUGUCCCCGACCCUGGGACUGUAAUCAAAGAUAUGGAAGUGAUUGGAGACCACUGUGUGCUGAUUGCAACAACAUCAACCAAUGAACUGAUUCUGAUUGUGGUACCACUGACCCAUCCCAAAGAAGCAUAUGUGGUACAGCUCCCUUCCUGGGUCUGUGCCAUUGAAACCAAGAAACCUGGCAUGGCGGAGGAACAACAAAACGUUUUGGAAUUCCUGGUUUCAUCUCCAGUCCAGCCUCCAGUGUCCUGCUGUCUGCAUCCUGACAACAGGCUGCUUUUAUCAGGCAGGGAUGGCUCCAGUACAAAGAAACAAGCCAAGUAUUUCACCACUCGCCUGGAGGUCUGCAGCCCAGAUGGCACAUUGGUACCAGUGACACUCCUUCAUGCUGUGCCUGUGAAGGGUUUGAGCAAAGCUCCUUUGCUGGUUCACGUCUAUGGAGCUUAUGGCCGGGAUCUUAACAUGGAAUUCUGCCCAGGAAAAAGGCUGCUUUUGGAACACGGCUGGGCUUUGGCCUACUGCCACAUCAGAGGUGGAGGUGAGCGUGGUCUCUCCUGGCACAGACAGGCACGUGUGGAAGGGAAGCUGAAGGGGGUGGAGGAUCUCCAAACCUGUCUGCAUCACCUUUUCUCUUUAGGGGUCUCUGCUCCUUCACUUACAGCCCUAACAGCCCACAGUGCUGGAGCCGUGCCGGUGGGAGCUCUGUGCAACAGAGACCCACACUUGAUGCAGGCUGUCCUGCUGCAGGCUCCUUUUCUGGAUGUUUUAGGGUCUAUGGAGAAUCUCGACUUGCCUUUAACUUUAGAAGAUAGAGAUGAAUGGGGGGACGCAGUGGGAAACGUAAAGCACAGACAGCUUCUUGCUUCCUAUUGUCCUCUUCAAAAUAUUACUCCUCAGCACUAUCCAUCCAUGCUGCUAACAACUUACAGGGAGGAUCCCAGAAUUCCCCUUGCUGGUGUCCUCAAAUACACAGAUCUGCUGAAAAAAGCCAUAGGCACACACAUUAGCAGCAAUCCAAAGCCAGAACGUGCACCAAACAUAGUCUUAAAUGUCCAACCAGGAGCAAAUCACCUCGGACCAGAAGAUUAUGAGCAGAUGCUGAUGGAGGAAGCGCUCAAGCUUGCAUUUCUGUACACAGAAUUAGGCCUGGAUCGUCCACUGCUCUCACGCAAAAGGAAAAGAUAGCCACGAUGUCAAGAACCAGUUGGCUAUAAAAACCAAACAUCUGUC